CUGAUCCCUCAUUAAUGUACCUUUACUGCCUAAGUAGCUAGCUAACUCGUAUCUCCCGGUCAGCAGGGGCGUAUUCAUUACGUAAACCGUUUACCCUUUAAGAACCAAACGGAAGCAAACAGAGCAAAACGAGAGUUUCUACUGGACAAGUUAAGGUAGGUCCUGCCCCGUUUGCUUCCGUGUAGGAAACGUUUUACAAUAGAAUCGGCGUAAUGAAUACGCCCCUGGUACAGCUAACCUUCAGAGUUUGUCUCUGACCAGUGGACAUCAGAAGGAUGUUUGCAAAGUAUUCGAACAAAGUACUUUAGCUAGCUGAUAACCUACCUUUCCUUCCAAGCACGCUUAAUCGGAAUUAUGUCGUUAGGCAGUUGUCAGUCAGAUACUAGCUAGCUAUCGUUACAGCUAGCGGAUCAACAAGGUUAGCUAUUUAAAUGCUACGGAAAUCAGAAACGUCUUGUCUGUCCGGAAAUCCAAGGAGAAGGAGAAACAACAAAGAUGGCGGACAGGCUAACGCAACUUCAAGAUGCAGUCAAUUCUCUUGCUGAUCAGUUUUGCAACGCAAUCGGGGUGCUGCAGCAGUGUGCGCCGCCAGCUUCGUUCAGCAACAUACAGACAGCAAUCAACAAGGACCAGCCAUCGAACCCCACUGAGGAGUAUGCCCAACUAUUUGCUGCACUGAUUGCCCGGACAGCUAAGGAUGUGGACGUGCUGAUUGACUCACUGCCUAGUGAGGAGUCCACGGCAGCUCUACAGGCAGCCAGUCUGCGGCAGUUGGAGGAGGAGAAUCAUGAUGCAGCGGCACGUCUCGAAGACGUGGUAUACCGAGGGGACUUGCUACUGGAGAAAAUCCAAAGCGCCCUGGCUGAUAUUGCUCAGUCACAACUUCGUACACGCAGUGGAGGGCCCAGCCAGACCACACCGCCUGAAUCAUGACCCCACACAACAUGGGGCAAAGACAUUCUCACAUCACUUUCUCACAUAAACACACCAGAGGGUGCAAAUGUGUGCAGGAAAUCAAAUAAAGAGCCCACCUGAACAGCUGACCUCUCAAGGAGGUGAAUCUAUGGAAAAUACUUCUCGCAAUAUGUGAGUGGGACAUUGGGAAGUUGGUGCUUGGGGAAUUCAGUGAGGCUAGCCAUGAACCCACAUGUUCCUUUACACAAGGACCUUGAUUUCUGCCAGCAAGGAACUGUUUACUCUGUCCUUUUCUUAGUGCACACUAUUUUGGAUUAAACAGCACUGCUCCGGCA